CAAACAUCUUGAUGACGAUCUGAAGAUUGUAUAUGAGUGAAAUGAUUGUCGCAGAAAACGAAUAGAAUAGACGUUGCGUAAGCUCCGAGUAUAGAUUGUACGUGGAUUUCUUCAUCGAUCGAUGGGAGAGGCUUCCGAGUGACAAUGGCGAUGACUCGACUGCGCUUGUCCGUCUGAGUACCGCGGCCUCGCCAUCAACUAUGCAUGCGGACACAAGAUAUUGCAGGUCGAACUAACAACGCCAAGGCCGUGGUUGGGCAUCACUGGGACGGAGUCGGAGGGUCCCGCGAUGCUGGUUCCGGGAGCUGUCAAAUGACAGGGAUCUACAGAUCACACAAGUCGCAGCUUGUCGCCCGGAGCUGUCAUGAUCAUCAUCGUCAUCCGGAACCAAGCCUCGACGAGCGAGAUCCCCAACCUUUUCGACACAGGAGUGCUCGCCUGCACAGGCGGAACAACCGGCCGGUCCGCCUAGUGAUGGUAGUGAGCCAAGAUCUAGACGAAAUCCCACGAUGGUGCCACGUGCGUGAUCCCCCAAUCCGUCCAUCGUGUUAUCCAGGGUCCCUGGAGAUACUGCAGGAUGGAUACUCCAACGGGAGCCUCGCGUGUUCACAUUCUUUGUCAUCCGUGGAUCUCAUCAUGACGCCGCGUCCUGGGUUUGCUGUCAUGGGGGUCCUGACCUCGGACGCGCGUACCCAGGCAGCCGAAUCCACAUCACCUGGCCGCUGUGGAGCUGACCGAGCAAAAGGAGCCCUCGAACGCCGCAUGAUAACUGUCACGAAAUGAAAUACAUACGCAGGCAACGAAAUUAUCGAUGGGAGGCACAGCAGAGCCGCGCAAUCAUUUGUUCAAUAACAUAUGUCCCAUCAGGGGUCAGGCUGCUGCUGCGGCUGCUGCUGUGACGAACCCCUGACAUCUCGCAUGGCGGACGGAGAUAUUUGGGCGCCUGCGGUGUAUUGUAUGUACGUGCCUACCUAGGUAGUACUGUACUG